AUGCCGGAGAAAGGAGAAAAUAAUGCCGAAGAGGAUUCAAUUCCUUUCACAAAAAUCUACUCAAUGUACCAAGACACCCAUGUGAUGAUCUUUAUCGGUUUCGGCUUUUUGAUGACAUUUUUGAGGAGGUACGGUUUCUCGGCUUUAUCACUCAAUCUAUUGCUGGCAGUGAUCUCAAUCGAAUGGUCGUUGAUUGUCAGAGGAUUUUUCUCCGAUCACUUCCGUGAUCACGGGAAAUUCGCGAUCAAAUUGGAGAGUCUUCUAUCAGCUGAUUUCUCAGCAGCAGUCGUGCUGAUCUCGAUGGGUGUCAUGUUGGGGAAAUUCACCCCGAUGCAGUACAUUCUGAUGACAGUUAUCGAGAUCCCAGUGGCGGUGGUCAUCGAAUGGAUUGUGAUCAGUAAAUUGAAGAUUAACGACGCUGGUGGGUCGAUUAUUUUGCAUACAUUCGGCGCCUAUUUCGGACUGGCGUGCAGUUGGGCUUUUCGCAAACCCAUCCAGCGAACUCACAAGCACGAGGGAUCAAUUUAUCACUCGGAUCAAUUGGCGAUGAUUGGCUCAAUCUUUUUGUGGAUUUGUUGGCCUUCCUUCAACGCGGCCACCUCCGAUCCGCAAGAUGGGAGAGAGCGAGCUGUGCUCAACACAGUGAUUUCUCUUGUCGGCUCAACGAUCGCCACUUUUCUCGUUUCACAAGCUGUCGAUCAUCAACGCAAAUUCGACAUGGUCACUAUCGCAAAUUCAACUUUGGCAGGAGGAGUGGCUAUUGGAACUGUCGCGAACGUCGUUUUAACGCCAGUUUUCUCUCUGUUGAUCGGCUUCAUCGCGGGCACUGUUUCGGUGAUCGGCUACAAGUUUUUGACGCCAUAUCUGACGAAUCGUUUCGGCUUACACGACACUUGCGGGGUGCACAAUUUGCAUGGGAUGCCCGGGUUGAUCGCCGGGAUUUCCUCGGUGUUAGUCGUCGUGAAUCCCGAGGGGAAAUAUGGGAACAGCAUUGCUGAGCUCUAUGACGGAGUGCGGACGACGAUGAAUGGCGAGAGUGGAUUCGUUUAUGGGGUUCAAGCAAUCCACCAACUCAUCGCUUUGCUCAUCGUUGUUUGCGCCUCCAUUGUGGCUGGUUUGCUCACCGGUUUCUUCCUUCGAUUGCGAUUUAUUAGACAAAUUCGAGACGAUGAGCAUUUUUCUGAUGCCGAUUUUUUCGAAACACCACACGAUUUUGAAAUCCUCACAAAUGGAAAAAGUGAA